AUGUGCCGCGCGGGAGUCAAAGAACAGAGGGGCGCGUGCGGGGGCGGCGGCACCUGCGGCUGCUCCCCCGCGUAUCGCCGCUUUGAUCACGAGGCGAGGCGCCGCGGAGAGGACGGCCGCCUGUCAUUGGCCGUCGCUUUGAGGAGCGGCUCUGCUCGGCUCCUCUCGAUGGCCGCCUGCGCCCUGCAGCCAGAUAACUCACUUCCGACACACGAGCCGCGCACCACUCCGCUUCUCCUGUCCCACAGCAACGUCACAGCUCCCGACGCACUAGUUCCUCCAACCACCACGGCGUAUGUCGCAAUGAGUCUUGCAGUUCCUUCUCCCUGUUCAUUCUCUCUUAGAAUUCUGAUCAGCUUCUUCCUGACGUCGUACGUGCUGCCGCUGCUGCUGAUCGUGAGCCUGUACCUGCGCAUGCUGAUGCGGCUGUGGCGCGCCGGGGCGCCUGGCGGGCACCUCUCCGCCGAGAGCCGGCGCGGCAAGAAGCGCGUCACGCGCAUGGUCGUCGUCGUGGUCGCCAUCUUCGCCGUCUGCUGGUGUCCCAUACAGGUGAUCCUGGUACUGAAGACGGUCGGGAUGUACGACAUCACGACGGCGAAGGUGAUGCUGCAGAUCGUGUCGCACGUGCUGGCCUACAUGAACUCGUGCGUCAACCCCAUCCUGUACGCGUUCCUGUCGGACAACUUCCGGAAGGCGUUCCGGAAGGUGAUCUACUGCGGGCCGGCGGGCGGCGGCGGCGGGGCGCAGCGGGGGCGG